GAAAUAGAAACCAUUACCUGUUUCCUUUAGCGAAGGGAGAGAAUGCUUGUCUGGCUUAACCCAAAACCCUUUUUACGGUGAAUUCCUGUUAUAUCCUCAGCCAUUUUCGACUGUAUGGAAACCACGAUCUCUGAUUAAAGGACCUGGAGACUCUCAAGCUAUGGCCAGACAUCCCCUCUUGCACUUCAUUCUGCUGAGUGUUGUGACCAGUGGGAGCCAAGCCUGUUUUUGUGACCAUUAUCCAUGGACUCAGUGGUCCAGCUGCUCAAAGACCUGCAAUUUUGGAACCCAGAGUAGACAGAGACAAAUAGUAGUCAACCAGUACUAUUUGGAUAAUUUUUGUGACCAGGUUUGCACCAAGCAAGAGAUCCGAGAAUGCAACUGGCAAACGUGCCCCAUCAAUUGCCUGCUGGGAGAUUAUGGUCCAUGGUCAGAUUGUGACCCUUGUGUUGAAAGUCAGUUUAAGUCUAGAUCUAUCUUGCGCCCCAGUCAAUUUGGGGGACAGCCUUGUACUGAACCCCUGGUGAGCUUUCAGCCAUGCAUUCCAUCCAAGCUCUGCAAAAUCGAAGAGAUUGACUGCAAGAAUAAAUUCCGCUGUGACAGUGGCCGCUGCAUUGCCAGCAAGUUAGAAUGCAAUGGAGAAAACGACUGUGGAGACAAUUCGGAUGAAAAGGACUGUGGGCGGACAAAGGCCAUAUGCCCGCGGCAGUACCAACCCAUCCCAAGUGUGCAGCUGAUGGGUGCCGGGUUUCACUCUCUGGCAGGAGAGUUCAGAGGCGAUGUCCUCGAUAACUCUUUCAAUGGAGGCAUCUGCAAGACUGUCAAAAGCAGCAGAGCAAGUAAUCCAUACCGUGUCCCAGCCAAUUUGGAAACUGUCAACUUUGAGGUAACUACUGAAGAGGAUGAUUUGCAGACAGAAUUCUACAAUGACUUAAUUUCCCUUGGCGAUAAUGAAAACCGGAAAGCUUCCCAUGCAAGUCACCAGGGAGACGCUUUUUCGGUGCCCAUUUUCUACUCCUCGAAGAGAAGUCAAAGCACCAACCAGCAGUCUGCCUUCAAGCAAGCCGUUCAGGCCUCCCACAAAAAGGAUUCUAGCUUCAUUAGGAUCCAUAAAGCAAUAAAAGUCUUAAACUUUACAAUGAAGAGUAAAGAUCUACAGCUUUCUGAUGUCUUUUUGAAAGCACUUAACCACCUGCCACUGGAAUACAAUUUUGCUUUGUACAGCCGGAUAUUUAAUGACUUUGGAACACACUAUCUCACCUCUGGCUCACUGGGUGGUGUAUAUGACCUCCUCUAUCAGUUUAGUAAGGAGGAACUAAAGAAUUCAGGUUUAACAGAAGAAGAAUCCAAAACUUGUGUCAGGAUUGAAACAACAAAACGCUAUCUUUUUUUUAAGAAAAAGAAAGUGGAACAUCGGUGUACAAUAAACAAGCUGUCAGAGAAGCACGAAGGUUCCUUUUUGAAGGGAGCAGAGAAAUCCAUUUCCCUGGUCCAAGGAGGGAGGAGUGAGCAAGCAGCAGCUUUGGCAUGGGAAAAAGGGAGCUCUGAGCCAGAGGAGAAGAUCUUUGCUGAGUGGUUAGAAUCGGUGAAAGAAAAUCCUUCUGUGAUUAACUUUCAGCUGGCUCCCAUUGAGAACUUGGUAAGAAACAUCCCCUGCGCCGUGACGAAGCGAAACCACCUCAGGAAGGCCUUUCGAGAAUAUGCAGCCAAAUUCGAUCCUUGCAAGUGCGCUCCAUGUCCUAAUAAUGGCCGGCCCACCCUCUCAGGGACCGAGUGUCUGUGUGUGUGCCAGAGCGGCACCUAUGGUGAUAACUGUGAAAGGCGGGCUCCGGAUUUCCAAUCUAAUUCCGUAAAUGGGAAUUGGGGCUGCUGGUCUUCCUGGAGUACUUGUGAUGCUACUUAUCAGAGAUCGAGAACCCGAGAAUGCAAUAACCCCACACCCCAACAAGGAGGGAAGCCAUGCGAGGGGGAGCAGCAGCAAGAGGAGGCCUGCACGUUCUCAAUCAUGGAAAACAAUGGACAACCAUGUAUUAGUGAUGAUGAAGAAAUGAAAGAGAUAGAUCUUCCUGAGAUAGAAUCAGAUUCAGGGUGUUCUCAGCCUCUUCCUCCAGAAAAUGGAUUUAUCCGGAAUGAAAAGAAGCUGUACUCGGUUGGGGAAGAAGUGGAAAUUACAUGCUUUACCGGAUUCAGAACCAUUGGAUACCAGUACUUCCGAUGCUUACCAGACCGAACCUGGAGGCAAGGAGAUGUGCACUGCCAACGGAUAGGAUGCCUCAAGCCAGUUCUUCAGGAAGGCCUCACCCUCUCCCCAUUCAAGACCGUGUAUAAGAUUGGUGACUCCAUGGAGAUAAACUGCCCCAAAGGCCUUGCAGUGGCUGGGCCUUCAAAGUACAGGUGCAGUGGGGAUUCCUGGACACCACCCAUUUCAGACUCACUCACCUGUGAGAAAAGUGACUCUUAUUCAGAAGAACUCUGUGUAUAUGAUAAAACUUCCAACAAUCAUUUUACUUCAUCUGUGUGUGAGUUUUCAGCCGAGAAAUGUUUGAAUAAUCGACAACUGCACUUUUUACACAUUGGUUCCUGCCAAGAAGGCCAGCAGUUAGAAUGGGGUCUUGAAAGGGUAAGCCUUUCAUCAAACAGCACCAAAAAAGAACCCUGUGGCUACGACACCUGCUAUGACUGGGAGAAAUGCUCAGCCCUCACUUCCAAAUGUGUCUGCCUCUUGCCCUUCCAGUGCCUCAAAGGUGGAACCCAACUGUACUGCAUUAGAAUCGGAUCAACAAGCAAGAAAACAGCAAACAUCUGUGAACUGGGAGCUAUAAAAUGUGCCAACAAGAAACUGGAAAUAUUGUACCCUGGAAGGUGUCUGACCUAACGCAACUGCUGAUAAACAGAUUUACUAUCCAUCUCUACGGGCUGGAAUGUUAUUCAAACACUCAAGAAGCUAUGGACCAAAAUUAUUUUGCAUUUGUCUUAUAUAGUGAUUCUUCCCUUAUUCCUGUUUACCCUGUGCAGGUCCAGUCCACAUGUCCUGGAAACACUAACUUUCUUGUCAGUCUAGUAAAUUCUCUAGUUAACUGAAUAAGUUACAUUACAUUAAAAUGUUGGGACUUCUGCAGCUUUUCUGAAGUGUGUGGUAUGAAGCACCUGCACAAUUAGAAAUAAGGACGCAAAUGUAUAAUUCAAAAAUGUAUUCAAUAAAUAGAGUAAUAUAAUCAUCUAAAACAGAUUGUAAAACAACAUGUUUGCAUUCAUUCAACAAAUAAUUCCUGAGUAUUUACUAUGAGCACCUAUAUCUAUUAAGCUGCAUCCUGUCCAGGUACUAGGGCAUUAUCAAUUAAUAAAAUAGACAAAGAAUUUUUCUUUCAGGGAACUCACAGCUAUGUUAGGGGAAGAGGAAGAUAAACAAUAAAUUAAAAAGUCUUAAAAUA